UCAUGAUGGCAGGGGUUAUUUUGGGAGAGGAGACAGCUGGAUAAGCUCCUUCAAACAAUGAGCUGCAGAGCAGAGCAGGAGGGAGUAAGAGACUGGAGCAUGGUUGAGGGGAACGGGGGAGGGUAGUUGCACACGGAAUUUAAAACAGUCUUGCUGCUGAAAGGGCCUCCCCUAAGGACGGUCCGCUGUUAACAAUGAGACUCAUGGAGACGACAUCUUAAUGAAUAAGCUGCAAAGAGGAGUGUAGGGAUCUCAGAGGAAGAAACACUUGACAGGCAAACUGCUUCCCAUCCCUGCCCUGAAUUCUCAGCUAACUGGCUGAGGCCAUCAAGCCACUUAAAGGGACAGGAAAAGAAUUUGAGGAUUCUGUGACCGUCAGUACUUGCACAGACUAAAUGAGAAAAGGUUUGUGCCUGCGCAUCAUUACAGUAUUAAUCAUGUCCGGGAACUUAAGAUGAACAAUGGCUGCUGCUAAAGGUGCCUGACCAGAAAAGACUCAUUCGAUCCCUGAUUAUUCUUCAAUGGACGUCUUUGGUGGCGCUCCGAGAUUUUUAUCGUAUCCCAGGACGUUCACAGUGCCCAAUGGGGCAGACGCCGUUCUCAAGUGCCAGAUCAUUGGGGACCCUCGUCCAACGGUGAUCUGGGAGAGGGACAAGACACAGAUCUCCCCUCGCGGUCGCUACCGGUUCCUGGAGGACGGCAAUGUCUAUAACCUGGUGGUGUCGCGGGCCAGGAUGGAAGACAGUGGGCAGUACAUCUGCAAGGCCAAGAACGGGGUGGGGGAGACCUACGCGGCCGCCACCCUCAAGGUGGAGGAGGGUGACGGGAACCCGGAGAACCGGCCGGCCUUCGUGGUCAAACCCACCUCGGCCAGAGUGGUCCGCGGCCACGACGUGAUCUUCACCGGACGGCUGGCUGGCUCCCCGAUGCCGGCGGUGACCUGGGAGAAGGACGGCAAGAAGCUGAGCGAGAUCUUCGAGAACGGGCAUUUCAGCGAGGGCUGCGACGGUGAAGGGUGGCACCACCUGAAGGUCUUCAACGCCCGCAUGCCGGACGCGGGGGUGUACCUCUGCAAGGCGCGCAACCUUUACGGCGAGGCCAUGUCGGCGGCCGUCCUCCUCGUGGACCCAGGCGACGCGCCCAACGAGCCAGUCCCACCCACAACCGCCAGCAACGGUCUUGGGGUGAGCGAAGGGUCAGGUGUCCAACGGAUCCGGCGCGAGGCGCGGCGCGGGAAAAGGCAUCGCCUCGCUCACCGCGAGCCGCAGUCAGUCUCCGGCGUCGCCCGACAGAGCCAGGGUUCCGGCGAACCACCGACGGCCUGCAAAGUCAAAGUCUUCUCGGUGACGGAGGGCAAGCACGCGAAGUUCCGCUGCUAUGUCACCGGGAAGCCCAAGCCAGAGAUUUUCUGGAGGAAGGACGGCAGGCUGAUCGUCUCCGGAAGGCGUCACCUCCUCUACGAGGACAGGGAGGGCUACUUCAUCCUCAAGGUGCUGUACUGCAAGCAGCAGGAUAAUGGCCUCUAUGCUUGUGCAGCCUCCAACGCGGCUGGUCAAACCCUUAGCUCAGUGCUGCUCAACGUCAAAGAACCUCGCAUCAAAUUUAAGAGCCAGUUGCAGGAUGUCGAGGUGAACGAGAGGGAGCAGGCAAUCCUGGAAUGUGAGGUCCCGGGAGACUCAAUCCCAGCUGUCUGGUAUCUAGAAGACCGUAAGUUACACUCCAGUGCCAAGUACAUCAUCGAGCAGCAAGGGGCAGUGCAUCGCCUUACCAUCAAGGAUGUAACCAUGGAUGAUGAUGGGGUUUACCUCUGUGAGAUGAAAAAUGGCGGCAGGAGCAUUGCUGAGGUGGCAGUAAAAGGUAAAAUUGUGAAACGAUUACCAAGGAAACUGGAUGUACUGGAGGGAGAGAAUGCAGCCUUCUGUGUAGACCUCGAUGAGGAGAAUGUGGAGGUGUCCUGGUACAAGGAUGGGGAGCUGCUGACCGAAUCCCACAAAACAAUCAUCAAGUCCUUCGGGAAAACCCACAUUCUGGUCUUUGUUAAUGUCACAGCGGAGGAUUCCAGUGUCAUCACCUUCGUUAUCAGUGACUCCAAAUCAUCGUCACAGCUCCGUGUGAAACGCAGAAGACAUGUACCUCCUAGCACUCCAGAGAAUGUGUGGAUGAGCUGUGAGAAGCCCAAUGUAGCCUCACUGCUGUGGGCACCACCAUCUGAUUGCCAACGGAGUGAGGUGAUGGGUUAUGUAAUCGAGAGGCAGGAGCAGGGCACUGAGGAGUGGGUGCGCUGCCUGACCACUGAGGACAGCACAACAGUGGAGAUCCUAGGAGAGAGCGUUCCCAACGAGGCCCGCUACCGAUUCCGGGUCAGCACCAUCAACAACUAUGGGAGGAGUGAGCAGGUGGAAUUCCCUGGAGUGGUACACCUAGUGCCUUCAGCAAAGAUUCAGAUUCACCUGAGUGAUAUGACGGUAUAUCAGAAUUCCGAUGCAGAGUUCACUAUCGAGCUGUCCACCUCGGUCCUGGGGACAUGGCACAUGAAGGGGCAACAGCUUCACAAUGAUCAAAGGUUCAAGAUCGACCAGUCCAGGACACGUCACUCAUUGCUGAUCAGAGGAGUCAACGUGGAGGAGAAUGAGUCUGAGAUAACAUUUGUCGCUCAUGGAGUGCGAGAUUCGGCCAUUCUGUUUGUCAAAGCUGUCCCGGUGAAGAUCACACUGGGUCCUGGGAUGGAGACUGUACAGCAGAUCACAGCUUCUGAGUCGAUUGUCCUUUGUUGCGAGGUAUCAAGGCCCAGUGUUGAGGUCCACUGGUGUAAAGACGGAGAGAUCCUCACACCGAGUGACCGUGUUUCUGUCCAUUCGUCAGGCCACGUUCGGAAGCUCAUUGUCCAGUCUGCCUGCUCGUCAGAUUCUGGACAGUAUAUCUGCAGUGCUGCUGAGGAUGUCCUUAUAUUUACCGUAAAUGUUUUGGAAUCUCCAGUGAGGAUAGUGAAUACAACCGAUGAUACAAAGAUGGAGUAUCACACUUCAGAAUGCAUUGUGUUGACCUGUGAGCUCUCCCGCUCCAACGCUGAAGUGAAAUGGUACAAAAAUGGACUGGAAGUCGAGGGAAGUGGAAGGGUCAAGAUGGAAUCACAUGGACUCCACAGGAGUCUAAUUAUUAAGAAGGCUGGAAUGGAAGAUUCUGGAGAAUACGUCUGUGAUGCUGGGGAUGAUUCCAUCUUUUAUGACAUCACCGUGAGAGAGCCUCCAGUGAAAAUUGUCAACAGUUCUUCACCAGUAUUGAACGUACUGACUGGGGAUGAGGUUGUCCUUUCAUGUGAGCUCUCACGGCCUGAGGCAGAGGUAAGAUGGUAUAAGGAUGGGGUGGAGGUGGAUCGGAGUGAGAGAUCCAUGUUUGAGGUGGACGGACGGCAUAGGAGGCUGACUAUCUGCCAGGCUGCGAUGGGGGACCAAGGGACAUACGUGUGCGAUGCAGUCGACAGCUCGGCCAAGUUUGAAGUGGCCGUUUCUGAGCCUCCAGUGAGAAUUGUCAACAGUUCUUCUCCAGUGUUGAGUGUACUGACUGGCAGUGAAAUUGUCCUCUCGUGUGACAUCUCACGGCCCGAGGCAAAGGUGAGAUGGUACAAGGAUGGGGUGGAGGUGAAGCAGAGUGACAGGUCCACGUUGGAGGUGGACAGAGGGCACAGAAAGCUGACCAUUCACAGAGCUGCUGUGGAGGACCAAGGAAUAUACACGUGCAACGCUGUUGAUUGUUCAGCCGAGUUUGAAGUGACCGUGUCUGAUCCUCCAGUGAGAAUUGUUGACAGCUCCUUCCCGAUGUUGAGUGUACUAACUGGGGAUGAGGUUGUCCUCAUGUGUGAACUCUCGCGGCCUGAGGCAGAGGUGCAAUGGCACAAAGACGGGAUGGAGGUGGAGCACAGUGAGAGAUUAAUGACGGAGGUGGAUGGAAGAUGUAGGAGGCUGACCAUCCACCCAGCUGCUGUGGGGGACCGUGGAAUAUACGUGUGUGAUGCAGUCGAUGUCUCAGCCAAGUUUGAAGUGACUGUGUCUGAACCUCCAGUAAGAAUUGUCAACAGUUCCUCUCCAGAAUUGAGCGUACUGACUGGGGAUGAGAUUGUCCUCUCGUGUGAGUUGUCACGGCCUGAGGCGAAGGUGAGAUGGUACAAGGAUGGGGCGGAGGUGGAAUGGACCAAGAGGUCCACAGUGGAAGUAGACAGAAGUCACAGGAGGCUGACCAUACGCCCCGCUACAGUGGGGGAUCGAGGGACAUACCUGUGUGAUGCAGCCGACGACUCGGCCAGGUUUGAAGUGGCUGUGUCUGAGCCUCCGGUAAGAAUCAUCAACAGUUCCUCUGCAGAAUUGAAUGUACUUACAGGGGAUGAGAUUGUGCUCUGGUGUGAGCUGUCACGGCCCAAGGCGAAUGUGAGAUGGUACAAGGAUGGGGUGGAGGUGGAACGGACCAUGAGGUCCACAAUGGAAGUGGAUGGAGUUCAUAGGAGACUGACCGUCCGCCCCGUUACAAUGGGGGAUCGAGGGACAUACCUGUGUGAUGCAUUCGAUGACUCGGCCAAAUUUGAAGUGGCUGUGUCCGAGCCUCCAAUAAGAAUCGUCAACAGUUCCUCGCCAGUUUUGAGCAUACUAACAGGGGAUAAGGUUGUCCUCUCAUGUGAGCUCUCACAGCCCAGAGCCGAUGUGAGGUGGUACAAGGAUGGAGUGGAGGUGGAGCGGAGUGAGAGGUCCACAGUGGAGGUGGAUGGAGAACACAGGAGGCUGACCAUCCGUCAGGCCAGAUCGGGUGACUGCGGGACGUACCUAUGCGAUGCAGUUGAUGACUCAGCCAAGUUUAAAGUCAAUGUGUCUGAGCCACCGGUCAAGAUAAUUAGACAGAUUGAGGGUCCGAGAGAGCACAAGUACUUGACUUCCGAGGAUGUUACACUCCAAUGUGAACUGACUCGGCUGGAAGGUGUUGCCAAAUGGUACAAGGAUGGGGAGAAAGUAGUGGAAAACAAGAGGAUCUCCAUUGGGAGUGAAGGAACAUUCCGGUCACUGCGAAUACUGGAUGCUCAGAUAACAGACUCGGGAGAGUACCUCUGUGAUGUACAGAGUGACAGCAUUGUAUUCACAGUGUGCGUGGAAGUGCCACCGGUUGAGAUAAUCAGACAGACUGGGCGUCCAGCAAAUCACAAGUACUUGACUUCCGAGGACAUCAUGCUCCAGUGUGAGCUGUCUCGGCCGGAUGGUGUUGCCACAUGGUACAAGGAUGGGCAAAUGGUGUUGGAAAAUGAGAAGAUCUUCAUUAGGAGGGAGGGAACGUUGCGGUCACUGUGUAUACUGGAUGCUCGGACGAUAGACUCAGGAGAAUACCUCUGUGAUGUCCAGAAUGACAGCAUUGGAUUCAGAGUGCAUGUGGAAGAGCCACCGGUCAAGAUAAUUAGACAGAUUGAGGGCCCGAGAGAGCACAAGUACUUGACUUCCGAGGAUGCUACACUUCAUUGUGAGCUGACUCGGCUGGAUGGUGUUGCCAAAUGGUACAAGGAUGGGGAGAAGGUGGUGGAAAACAAGAGGAUCUCCAUUGGGAGUGAAGGAACAUUCCGGUCACUGCAAAUACUGGAUGCUCAGAUAGCAGACUCGGGAGAGUACCUCUGUGAUGUACAGAGUGACAGCAUUGUAUUCACAGUGUGCGUGGAAGAGCCACCGGUUAAAAUAGUCAGACAGACUGGGGGUCCGGCAGAUCACAAGUACUUGACUUCCGAGGACAUUAUGCUCCAGUGUGAGCUGUCUCGGCCGGAUGGUGUUGCCAAAUGGUACAAGGACGGGGAAAUGAUGUUGGAAAACAAGAGGAUCUCCAUUAGCAGGGAGGGAACGUUGUGGUCACUGCAUAUACUGGACGCUCAGAUGACAGACUCGGGAGAAUACCUCUGUGAUGUCCAGAAUGACAGCAUUGUAUUCCAAGUGCAUGUGGAAGAUCCGCCCGUGAUGAUUGUUGGAAGCUCCCAGAUCUUGGAAGAUCGCAGUUUCAUUGAAUCUGAGACCAUUGCCAUGACGUGUAAACUAUCCCGUCCAGAUGUGCAGGUUUACUGGUACAGGGACGGGAUGGAGCUGCAGCCCAGUGACAAAAUCAGAAUCGAAUCACGGGGUCUGACACGGGAGCUGAUGAUCUUUGACUCCGAGCCAUCUGAUUCUGGACAAUACGUCUGUGAUGCUGGCUCAGACAAACUGACGUUUAAAGUGACUGUCACAGAGGCCCCGGUAUUGUUUACAAACAAGGAGAAGCAUCCAGAAGAAGUUUACGCCAAUGAAAAUGGACAGGCUGUGCUUGCAGCCAUCGUCUCCAAGGAUCCAGCUAAUGUCACCUGGUAUCGCCACAAAGAGCAGGUGACCAAGGGAGAAAAGUACGAGAUGAAGACUGAGUCGCGGGUGCACAGUCUGAUCAUUAAGAAUGUCCUGAAGGAAGAUACUGGGUUUUAUAUCUGCCGCUCCACAGAUGAUGAGAUGAUCUUCAAUGUGAACAUGACCGAGCUGCCGCUCAGAUUUGUGUUGAAGCUGGAGGACAUGUGCGUUCAGAGAUAUGGCUCCAUCACCCUGUGGUGUGAACUCAACAAGGUCAAAGGUGACGUCAUGUGGCUGAAGGAUGGGAAAGAGGUUCAACCUAGUCGCAAGUACAUCAUCCGAGCUGAGGGACGACUGCGAUCCUUGACCCUAUGCAAAGCGACACUUGACGACCAGGGUGAAUACUCAUGCGAGUCUAAAGAUGACAAGACGGUGGCAAGAGUGUCCGUGAGAGUUCCCAGAGUCGUGGAGUUCAUCUCUGACCUCCGCAGUAUCACUGUGCAGGAGGGAGAUGACGCUAACUUCAAGUGCAUGGUGUCCCCGGAGGAUGUGAGGCUGUCCUGGCGAGUGCAUGGCUCCGAAAUUCCACCGGGUAGCACGAAAUACGUGACCUCACGGAAUGGCCUGUGUCACAUGCUGCUAAUACGGGACUGCCAGCUUACAGACACUAGCCAAGUGAUAGCAGAGGCUGAGGGAAUCGUCUCCAGUGCCAACCUUCAGGUGCAAGAGACCCAGGUUGUAUUCACCAGGAAGCUGGUGAGCGCGACAACAGAGGAACGGCAAGAUGCUACCUUUGAGGUUGAGGUAAGCAAUGAGUUAGCCGAGGUCCAGUGGAUGAAGCAGGGAGUGGUCAUCCAGCACAGUCCAAAGUUCAUGCUGCAGCAGGAUGGCAGGACCAGGCGGCUAAUAGUGUGUGACACUGUGUUCAGCGACCGAGGGAAUUACCGCUGUGAGACUCUGCACGACAGAACGCAGGCCAAACUCAGUGUUGAACCUCGAAGGAUAUCAGUGAAGAAACCCCUGGAAGACAUGGAGAUCUUUGAGAAGGAAGCAGUCACCUUACAGGUGGAAUUAUCCCACCCAGACGUUGAUGGUGUAUGGAUCAAGGAUGGUAUCCGAGUGAAGCCCAACAACAACCGACGGAUCAGCUGUACGGGAAGAGUCCACAGCCUCACACUGUCUGCACUGACGCUUGAGGACUCAGGCACUGUCAUAUUCCAGGCCGACAAUGUCCGCAGUACCUCACGGAUAACAGUCAGAGAACCCCCUGUGACCUUCUUGAAGGAACUAAAAGAUCUGCGGGUUCCAGAAGCAACUGUUAUCACCUUGGAGUGUGAGCUGUCCCGGCCCAAUGUAGAAGUCACCUGGUAUAAGGAUGACUUGGAAAUGAAACCCAAUAAAAACAUCCGUAUUUAUUCAAUGGGGAGGAAGAGGAUUGCUUAUUUAGGGAAAUGUGGAAUUCAAGAUUCUGGAACUUAUUCCUGUGACACUGGUGAAUGCAAAACCUUGGGCAAGCUGGAGGUGUUUGAACAGGAAAUUCAGAUUGUGAAGGAGCUAGAGAAUCAGGAUGUUCGAGAGAACGACAAUGCAGUCUUCGUCUGUGAAGUGUCCCAUGCAGAAGUGAAGAGUGAAUGGUUUCAGAAUGGAAAUAGAAUCAAAUCAAACAGCAGUGUCAAAAUCAGACAGGAGGGUACCAAACAUUUCUUGCUGAUCUGCAAGGUGAGGGUGGAGGAUGCUGGAGAAAUUCGAUUCAGAGCCAAGAAUGCUGAGUCUGUUGCUCGACUAGAUGUCAAUGAGCUGCCAGUCAAGAUUGUGAAACCUCUGCGGGACAAGACGGCGCUGGAGAAACACAAGGUCAUCCUGGAGUGUAAAGUCUCUAAGCCACAUGCCCAUGUGCGUUGGUACCGGGGAGAUGAGGAGCUCUGUGCCACCAGCAAGUACGAGAUCUGCAGUGAGGACUGCUACCGGCAGCUGGUCAUCCAUGAUGUCAGCUUCAAGGAUGAGGACACUUACACCUGUGAUGCCUUUGAUGACUGCUCGUCUGCCAAGCUACUUGUGGAAGGGCAAGCCAUUUUGAUAGUGAAGGACCUGAUGGAUGUGGAGGUGACAGCCCCUGAUGCAAUCCAGUUGGAAUGUGAGCUGUCAGUGCCGAUGAUCAGAGCCCCUCAGUGGAGCCUAAAUGGACAGCUCCUUCAGAACGGGGAUGGGGUGCACAUGGAAAACAGAGGUACUAUCCAGAGGCUGAUCCUCAGCAACACCUCCCCUGACAUGAGUGGAAUGGUGAAAUUCACUGCAGGGAAGGCAAACUGCAGUGCUAAGCUCACUGUGAAAGGUGAAUAGAAGGAAUGGGUUGGAUCAGAUUCACUGUCCACCUGGGAAUCGAACACACAUAGACAAACACACACACUUGCGUGCUCCAGGGAAGCACUGUCGCUGGACCCUGAAGUCAGUCAUGUCUUAUAGCCUGCUUUUAGGGACUGCUCAAUUCACUUUCAGCUUGAAAAGAGGCAACAUCGCCUGGAGAAUUCUCCAAGUCUCCCCCCACUGCUCACUGACUCAGGAUAAACCGAGCUAGUGCAUUGAGGAUGGUGCCAAUUUCCCUGGAUUGUCCUGGAAUCUUCAGGAAUGAAUCUUGCAGAUGUGGCUGCUCACCAAACCCAGGAGUAACAUUGUAAUGGCAUUGUUUCAAAAACGAACAGUGCUAUUUAAUUGGCACGAAACUCUUGAGUUAUAAAAAUAACGGGUGGGCAAAAGGCACAAUUGAUUAAGUUGAAAAUCAAAUUAGUUGAUUUCAUCUGGGUGAUGCUGAUGGGGAAGGGGGGUACAGGGGCCACAGUUGCCCCCAGGUUUUCCUGGGUUAAGAGGGGGAAUAGAAAUCUUUCCUUGUCAGCGUGUCCUUAGAGAGGGAGAAUGCAGCACCCACAGUUUUCUUCAAGUCCUCUAUGACCAGCAGACACAGUGAGGACUAGGAUGCAUAUCCCCUACCCCACCCACCAAAAACAACAUUGUGGUAAUAAAAUUUGUAAUUUUCCUUUGACUUUUGUUACAGUGACAAUCUUAUUUUUAAAACAGUAAACACAUUCAGGGUCCCUGCACGGAAUCACUGUCCAACCAAAAGCUUGGCUGUGAUGCCCCUUAAGUUCAAAUCGUGCUGUAAUAUACACAUACGCUGACAUACACAUGGAGCUUAGUCCAUCUGGGCAGCCAACAAAACCCAGAGUAAUCCAGUGUAUUCGGACCUCUGUCAUUGCCAACCUCUGCAAAUGCUGCACAUUCAAGAUCCUGAUCCAAAUUAGCUUACCUGCUCCACUGUAUAGCUCUCCAAUCUCCACUGAACAAAUUAUUUUUCCAUUUUGUGUGGGUUCCAGAAGUGUGCCCCCCACCUAUAGUUAAGUAUCUUCCACAGCCAUGACAAAGCAUCAGUAAUCACCAGCCUCCAAGUGCACCUGCUGCCAAAAUUUCAUAUCUGUGCUUUUGGUCCCUAAAGCCUGCAAACCUUCACUUUCUGCAAUCGCUAGUUUAUCUAAAACUUUGCUACCUGUGUCCUAACUUGAAACAAGUCCUGUUCAUCUGACACUCCAACUUUGUAAAUAUUCAAGCGGUACUCCCCCAGAUCAAAGUUGCUGGAAUUUAAUUUUUUUUCCGUGAAGGUGUUCACUCAAAGUGGCAUCACCUGUUGAAUUUAAUAAAAUGUGAGGCUGGAUGAACACAGCAGGCCAAGCAGCAUCUCAGGAGCACAAAAGCUGACGUUUCAGGCCUAGACCCUUUUUGUGCUCCUGAGAUGCUGCUGGGCCUGCUGUGUUCAUCCAGCCUCACAUUUUAUUAUCUUGGAUUCUCCAGCAUCUGCAGUUCCCAUUAUCUCUCACCUGUUGAAUUUAAUGCUUUUCCCUUAACAUUGACCCCAGUGUUGUCAGUUAGUUUGCCUUCCUGACCUUUCUCUGCGCCUUAUCUUCUUUUCACGACAGUCCAGAACCUGUACCCUCAGUCAAAGAGCACAUCAACACUUAAUUCCCUUGCCUCCUUCAAGACUAACCCCAACUUCAAAAACCCAGACCAGUGACCAAAUUGAUGGUUGCUCUCCCCUAAUUUCUGGUUCAUCCCUGCCCCCAUUUGUAUGAACCACUUUGAUCGCCAUCUGUGCACAGGUUCCGACAAGAUUCCUUAGCAGUUGCCUUACUAUAUUCUGAUAAAGGAAUAUCAGUUAGUGUGAAGAUUUCACACUCCAAUGCAGUCCUAGCGAUGCACUGGUUAGCAGACAGUGUGAAUUGUUGGUGUUUAUUGUGGCUAUUGUCCAGGGAUCUUCACAGUGCUCGAUUCCAUACAGCUACACAUUUGUUUUGUGAUGCCAUUACCUAUAUAUAAAAAAAA